AUGUCCAACUACCAGGGCGGUGGCUACGGUGGUCACCAGAUGUCCAACGUGAACAACAAUUAUCCUCCUCGGCGGACUGAUGACGAGGCUCAGGCUUCGUUGCUACAACAGAACUCGGCGUACCAGCAGCCACCCUACGACGAUCACUACUCUCGACCUCACACCCCUGGGCAAGAAUCACAGUAUACUCUGAACGAGUCGUAUGCUGGUGGAGAUCCUCAGAAGCUGCCAACCACUGGUGGCUACGGUUACGAUACUGGCUACAACUCGAGUGCUCAAAGUCUGCCAAAUCCGAAUGCGGCCUAUGCUCAGACUCCCAACCCAUACGAGCGAUCAGAUUCGACCGAAGCAUGGAGACAAAGACAAAAUGGCAACAUCAAGCGUUAUGCCACUCGCAAAGUCAAGCUCGUUCAGGGCGGCGUCCUCAGCAUCGACUACCCCGUCCCGUCUGCUAUCCAGAAUGCGAUCCAGGCGAAGUAUCGGAAUGAUCUGGAAGGUGGUAGCGAAGAGUUUACUCACAUGCGAUACACGGCAGCGACCUGCGAUCCUGACGAGUUCACUCUCAAGAAUGGCUACAAUCUGCGACCUGCCAUGUACAAUCGCCAUACAGAGCUCCUGAUCGCCAUCACCUACUACAACGAAGAUAAGGUCCUGACUGCCCGCACACUUCACGGUGUCAUGCAGAACAUCAGAGAUAUCGUCAACCUCAAGCGCUCCGAGUUUUGGAACAAAGGUGGCCCCGCGUGGCAGAAGAUUGUGGUCUGUCUUGUUUUCGACGGUAUUGAUCCCUGCGACAAGGAGACACUCGAUGUCUUGGCGACUGUCGGCAUCUACCAGGACGGCGUCAUGAAGCGCGAUAUCGAUGGCAAGGAGACAGUUGCACAUAUCUUCGAGUACACCACCCAGCUCUCCGUUACCGCCAAUCAGCAGCUGAUCCGACCGAACGAUAACGACGCGACAUCUCUGCCUCCUGUGCAGAUGAUGUUCUGUCUCAAGCAGAAGAACAGCAAGAAGAUCAAUUCGCAUAGAUGGCUCUUCAAUGCUUUUGGCCGAAUCUUGAAUCCCGAAGUCUGCAUUCUGCUCGAUGCUGGAACGAAGCCUGGUCCGAAGUCUCUGCUCGCACUGUGGGAAGGUUUCUACAACGACAAGGAUCUCGGAGGUGCUUGCGGUGAGAUACACGCUAUGCUGGGCAACGGCUGGAAGAAGCUGCUCAACCCACUGGUCGCCGCGCAGAAUUUUGAGUACAAGAUCUCAAAUAUUCUCGACAAACCCUUGGAGAGUUCGUUUGGCUACGUCAGCGUGCUCCCGGGUGCCUUCUCAGCAUAUCGAUUCCGAGCCAUCAUGGGUCGUCCUCUCGAACAGUACUUCCAUGGUGAUCACACUCUGUCCGCCCGCCUUGGAAAGAAGGGUAUCGAGGGUAUGAACAUCUUCAAGAAGAACAUGUUUUUGGCCGAGGAUCGUAUCCUGUGUUUCGAACUGGUCGCCAAAGCCGGAUCCAAGUGGCAUCUGACUUACGUCAAGGCCUCGAAAGGUGAGACUGAUGUUCCGGAAGGUGCAGCAGAAUUCAUCGGUCAGCGAAGACGUUGGCUCAACGGUUCGUUCGCUGCCUCGAUCUAUUCUCUGAUGCAUUUCUCGCGGAUGUACAAGUCCGGCCACAACCUCAUCCGCAUGUUCUUCUUCCAUAUCCAGAUGCUCUACAACAUUGUCUCGGUCCUUCUCUCUUGGUUCUCCCUGGCUGCAUUCUGGCUCACGACAAAGGUUAUCAUGGAUCUGGUCGGUCAACCUAGUGCAGCCAACAGCAACACGGCCUUCCCAUUUGGCGACGAUGCGACUCCGAUCGUCAACACGGUUUUACAAUACAUAUAUCUGGCUUUCUUACUGUUGCAGUUCAUCCUGGCACUUGGCAACCGACCGAAAGGCUCAAAAAUUGCAUACAUCAUCUCAUUCACGGUCUUCGCCUUGAUCCAGUUGUACAUCAUCGUUCUGUCGAUGUACCUGGUGGUCCGCGCCUUCACCUCUAAGAACACGACCGACAUUGUGACAGGCGAAGGUGCUCAGAAAUUCAUCGAUUCCUUCUUCUCUUCGAGCGGUCCUGGCAUUAUCAUCAUUGCGCUGGCGGCGACCUUCGGUCUCUACUUCGUGGCGUCUUUCAUGUAUUUGGAUCCAUGGCACAUGUUCACCUCUUUCAUCCAGUACCUACUGCUCAUGCCAUCAUUCAUCAAUAUCUUGAUGAUCUACGCGUUUAGCAAUUGGCAUGAUGUGUCAUGGGGUACCAAGGGCUCAGACAAGGCCGAUGCCCUGCCAUCGGCGCAGACCAAGAAGGACGAGAAGGGAAAGACCACGGUUGAGGAAGUUGACAAGCCGCAAGCCGAUAUCGACAGUCAAUUCGAGGCCACCGUUCGACGUGCUUUGGCGCCAUAUCAUGCUCCUGCGGACAAGGACGAGAAGAGCUUGGAAGACUCGUACAAGAAUUUCCGAACGCGACUGGUGGCUACCUGGAUCUUCUCGAAUGCUGCACUUGCUGUUGCCAUCACUAGUGAGAAUGUGGACAGCUUUGGCUUUUCUGAUGGCGCUACCCUUCGUACUCAGCGCUUCUUCCAGGCCCUGCUUUGGACUACCGCUGCUCUAUCGCUGAUUCGCUUUACGGGAUGCUGUUGGUUCUUGGGCAAGACUGGUCUGCUAUGUUGCUUCGCCAGACGAUGA